UGUCAUUCAUGGCGCCUAUCUCCUCGUCCUCGCGCGCCUUCCUCGUCCACAAAAAUUACCUGUCAUAACUGUCCACUACAAAUUAUGAAACAAUGCCCAAAAAAUCAGCCUGGAAUAUUUGAACACAAGAAAUUCCGCGGAAACUGGUGGUGGAAAAGUUUACUUGCUAACCGCUUUGAACUUGCACGGCCAUGGCUGCGGUGGCUUCCGGCGGAGGCGCGGCCGGCGUCGUACCGGUGAAACUCCCGACCCACAAACCCAGUUACAAGCUCCAAUCUUCGUUUCUGGGCAAAACUCAGCUCAAUCUCAUCAAACCCAGUUCGAGGAACAAAGGUAUCCCUAGUCCCAGGCGAGCAGGAGGAAGGAUCGGAGUUUUGGCGUCAGUGGGAGUAGAUGGGGGUAACGAAUUGGUUAGUUUGGUGCACAAUUUCUUUUUGGGAGUUGGGGUUGGGCUGCCCUGCACAGUGAUGGAAUGUGGGGAUAUCAUUUACAGAAGCACUCUGCCAAAAUCCAAUGCGCUGACCGUCACAGUUCCUGGCGUUGCUCUCGCUCUCAGCGUCGUGUCUUACCUUUGGGCCACCCCUGGCGUGGCUCCUGGCUUCUACGAUAUGUUUGUGCUCGCUUUCGUCGAGCGACUCUUCAGAGCCAGUUAUAAAAAGGAUGAUAUUGUUCUGGGGAAGAAGUUGGGGGAAGGAGCUUUUGGGGUGGUCUAUAAAGUUUCGGUGGAUAAGCCUUCUGCAAAGAAGAGGGGAGGUGACCUUGUGUUGAAAAAGGCAACUGAAUAUGGAGCAGUGGAAAUUUGGAUGAACGAAAGAGUUCGAAGAGCUUGUGCUAGCAGUUGUGCUGAAUAUUUGUAUGGAUUUCUUGAGAACUCUUCAAAGAAAGGCAGUGAAUAUUGGCUUCUGUGGAGGUUUGAAGGGGAGGCUACUCUCUAUGAUCUAAUGCAAAGCAGAGAGUUCCCCUACAAUGUUGAGACUUUGAUUCUAGGGGAGGUUCAGGAUUUGCCUAAAGGAAUAGAAAGGGAGAACAGAAUCAUUCAGACUGUGAUGAGACAGCUCUUAUUUGCCUUAGAUGGCCUUCACUCCACAGGGAUUGUGCACAGGGACAUAAAGCCACAGAAUAUAAUCUUCUCUGAAGGGUCGAAGACAUUCAAGAUCAUUGAUCUUGGGGCUGCUGCAGAUUUGAGAGUCGGGAUUAAUUAUAUUCCAAAUGAGUUUCUUUUGGAUCCUAGGUAUGCUGCUCCAGAGCAAUACAUCAUGAGCACACAAACUCCUUCUGCCCCAUCUGCUCCUGUAGCUACUGCACUGUCCCCAGUCCUAAGGCAGCUAAAUUUGCCUGAUAGAUUCGACAUCUACAGUACUGGUUUGAUGUUCCUACAAAUGGCGUUUCCAGGCCUAAGAACUGACAGCAACCUCAUACAAUUCAACCGUCAACUAAAGAGAUGUGACUAUGACUUGGUUGCAUGGAGGAAAAGUGCAGAACCCCGUGCAAGCCCAGAACUCAGGAAAGGGUUUGAGUUGCUCGAUUUAGAUGGCGGGAUAGGAUGGGAACUUCUAACCUCGAUGGUGAGAUACAAAGCACGACAGAGAAUAAGCGCCAAAGGGGCUUUAGCCCAUCCUUACUUUGACAAAGAAGGGCUAUUAGCUUUGUCAGUAAUGCAGAACCUGAGGUUGCAGCUCAUACGAGCCACACAGCAGGAUUAUGGUGAAGCUGCCAACUGGAUCAUUCAGCUCAUGGCAAAAUCUGGGACAGAGAAAGACGGCGGCUUCACUGAAGCCCAGCUUCUGGAACUGAGAGAAAGGCAAGAGCCUAGGAAGAAGGCAAAUGGACAAAGGAACGCGCUUGCAUCAGCUCUUAGGCUGCAGAGAAAGGUACUCAAGACGUUGAACGAGAGCAUGGAUGAACUGAACCAACGCAGGAAGAGCAUAUGGUGGAGCAGGUGGAUCCCAAAAGAGGAAUGAUCAUACUAGCCAAAUCCCUUCUUCUUUUUCUUCCUUGUGAAGUUUUAUCCUUAGUUUGUUUAUAUGUGUGGGUUCAGAGACUGAUGGUAUACAGUAGAAUUGAAUAUGAAAGAAAUUAGCUGGAAUCUUGUGAGAUGAAAGUUGGCAAUAACAUACCUGGAAUCUUUUGACCGCACGUGUAACCCUUGGCUUCAUCAGUUUCAAUGACAGUCAUCGGAAGUGAAGUUGAUGGAAGUGAAACAGCUACAAACGCAAAUCUUAAAUAAUCUCUUUCACAGUUCUCAACAAUCAUGUUGCUUCAGUGCUGUUUAACACGAUUGUCAGGAAAUUUCCUGGUUAUGUUCCUCAGGGUAGCUACCAAGACUGGCACGGGCUGCUUCUUUAUUUCUUUGGGCAAUGUCUCAAAACUCAUUUGGGUUGUGCACGGCUAGAAUUACUCAAUGAAAGCACGUUUGUGUUGUGUAGAAUUUGAUGAUGCGGAAGAACGAAAGAACACAGAACACAAGAUUUUACGUGGUAUCCUCGCUCAAUUGAUUGAUCGAGACUAAUUCACGAUGAGCUCAUAAGAGCUCACGGCUAAUCUCAUAUUAGGAUUACAUCUUGACGGCUUACUUACGACAAUCUCGUAGCUAAACUUAUAUAGAGAUAGACUAGGGUUAAACCCCUAAUGAGAAGAGUCGAGUACGGCCACAUAUCUGUACGUACUACAACUCGGACAAGGCCCAACAAGGCCCAAUACUAACACGGUUUAAGUAAUCGCAACACUCCCCCUCAAGCGAAGACAAGAAUGUCGAGUUUAAAGCAGUAAAAUGUGAAGAACAAGCAUGAUGGCUUGAACCACAAAACUCGAGACGAAUAACAUCUCGGACAAGGUUGAUUGGAGACGACUGACUCUCUCUGAACAACCUGACGAUGAAGACUAUUGAUUGCGUCUCUUGAACAUGAACACACUUGGUACAUCAUGAUCGACCUGAUGACCGAGUUAGUCGACCGACGUAGGUUGACCUCCUAUUUGUUGUGUAUACUAUGAAUUUGGCUAAGGGGAAAGCCGUAAUUAAGCGCAUCGCCUUAGGCCGCUCCACUACCUUUCUGAUGUGCCUUGGCGAGCGACAACAGCCGUUUGAUACAUGGCUAAGAAGUGCACUAACGGUAGAGAUGGAUCGAACGUAUGCUGACAGAGGGACUCCCUGGUUGUGCAACUUAAGUCUCCCGUAUACCCACGCAGUUAAGUUAGUAUCGCGCAGUACUUAUGAUAUGAUAUUGUUGGUUAAAGGCCGACGGGAUUAAUUGCUGUUUAAUUUGUCUGCGUUUGAAUACAAAGCCCUGAAAGGAGGGAGCCAAACAAGGAAAUUAAGCUGAUGCGAAGAAACGGGACUGACUGUG